AUGCCAAUACGCAUCAAACGCAAAGUGUACAAAACCGCAAUAAGCUCCGCAAUGGCCUACUAUGAGGAGGAAUGCGGGCCGCUCAAGAAACAAUCCGACAAACUACACGCCACCGAAAAGAGAAUGUCCAGGUGGGAUUGCCGGAGUUACUCUUUUGGACAAAGUGCCAAACUUUUACAUCCGAGGAACUUUCAAGCAUUCGUCAUAAUGUCGAGCAGUUCAGUUGAUGAUAUACCAGAGCAAUGCAAAGACUUGUUCACUCAAGAUGGAGUUCUCCUCAAAGCAUGUAUUGGUCGUCCGAUUAAUGAUAUUAAUUCAAUUGGAAUGCUCUGCAUAGUUCAAAAUCCUGAUAGCACCAAAUGUAUUGAAUGGCGACCAAAUGAUCUCAUCACAAUUGAUUCAGACACUCAGGAUCAAGAGUGGGCUGUUGUUAACACCAUUGGUCGUCGCCAGAGAACUCUAAGCGGCAACAUGACGUCUGAUUACGCGGCAGCCAGGGCUCGAAUCAUUCGAAUACCCCUAGAAGAGCUGAAAACAUUCAAAAUAUCAAGAAACAAUCAACAGAUGCAAUUCACAACAAAACAGGGCGUGUGGCAGAACACUUUCUAUUUUCAACAUGGUAACGCGGAAAUAUUCGUAGCAUAUCUCAAAAAUCACGUCAAAACUGCUAAAACAAGACACGACAGAAACACGUAUAUGGUGGUCGAGCCGAAUAUUGAAUCGCAAGUGCUAAACCGUUCUUUUGCCGAACUGGAUAUAUUUACAGAGAAUACGACAGACGUUGUUUGGAAUUUGGUGUCAAAUUUAAGACAGAGGCCAUACGAAACUACUAUGGAGGCGUUUUCUAAACUCACUGAUAUUGUUUACUACGGUAAUGAAGCAAUGAAUGGCAAGAGGGACGUGUCGGAGGAAGUAGCAGAUCUGCUUACCAAAAGUAUGAGUGCCCUGGAGGAUGCUACCUCCGUGACCAGGAGUGAUGAGUACGAGGUGAUCAAUGUGAAGCCCACAUUGCCUCCACGACCCUGUUUACCUAGAGGAUCCCCACUAUCUACAGAGAAAUGGGAGGGUCUGCAGGACCCAGAAGGUCGAGUCACAGAAGUGGAGGGCGUGAAGCAACUUAUUUUUAGAGGAGGUGUCGCACACUCAAUACGGAAUUCCGUUUGGAAAUAUCUCCUCGACUACCAUCCGUGGAGGAUGACACACAGCGAAAUAAAGAACUUGCAAAAGAAGAAAACAGAAGAAUACUUCUCAAUGAAACUCCAAUGGCGUUCCAUGACAGAGGGACAAGAGUCAAGAUUUUCUGAAUAUAGAGACAGAAAGAGUCUGGUAGAGAAGGAUGUGAAUAGAACGGACAGGACACAUCCAUUUUUCGCAGGGGAUAAUAACCCCAAUUUAAUGAUCCUACAGGAUAUUCUGAUGACAUAUGUGAUGUAUAACUUUGAUCUCGGCUAUGUGCAAGGCAUGAGUGACAUUUUAGCACCCCUUUUAUUGCUGUUGGGGAACGAAGUGGACAGCUUUUGGUGUUUUGUUGGGUUUAUGGAUAAAAUUGCAUCAAACUUCGACAUGGACCAAGCCGGUAUGAAGCAGCAGCUCUACGACCUGCAACAGCUGCUCUCGUUCGCGAGUCCCGAACUGGCGAAACAUUUGGCUUCCAAGGACUCUGGGAAUAUGUACUUUUGUUUCCGAUGGCUCUUGGUUUGGUUCAAGCGAGAGUUCUCUCAUAGAGAUAUUAUGAGGCUUUGGGAGGUGCUGUGGACAGGGUUGCCAUGCGCCAAUUUCCAUCUACUGAUCUGUGUUGCCAUACUCGACGCUGAGAAAGAUAUUCUUAUAAGCAAAGAUUAUGGAUUUACGGAGAUAUUGAAGCAUGUUAACGAUCUAUCAAUGUGUCUGGAAGUGGAUAGAAUAUUGAGCACCGCAGAGGGCAUAUACCACCAGAUCAUAGCUACCCCGCACUUGUCGGACCAGAUCAGAAUCAUCCUAGGCAUUCCCACAGUCCAGGCCAGACCGGAGCCAGACCCAGAUACAGACCUAGACCAGCCAGAGACCAGCCAGGCCAGACCCAAUGGUAAUGGUAAUACAUCAAGCGAGGAUACGAUGGAAGAAGUUAUGUAUCAGAUAGGCUUAGAUAUGAACUUC